AAGGCCCAUGGUAACCACUUCAGCACAGAAGCGAGUAAGUGAGUGAGUGGGUAGGGUUUCAGCUGUUCAGCGAGUGCUCUCUGGUGAUCUCGCAGAGAUAGUAGUCUAGAGCCUGUCGUCUAGGACACUGCAGGACCGCUUUGAAGAGCUCAUCAAAUGGCAAAGCUGAACCACACGGGAACUGAAUAGAGCUCCCUUUCAAAUAGGAAAUUACUUGUUGAUUUAUCCAAAUCUACAGAAUGCCUCACAUGACUUUGAUAUAGACACUCACCUGAAGAUAGUAAGGUGGUUGGAGAAGAAGACAGUUAGUUGCAACUUGCCCGAGGCAACCCCCCCCCCCCCCCCUCCCCCCUUGUCAAAAGUUAGGUCGUAAGGAUUUCUAUACCUUACGAUUCGCUUUUCAUCUUUCUCCCGAUGAAUAUUGGAAUUUCGUAGUGGAUAAAAAUCGAAUAGACACUUACAACAAAAAUGGAAGAAGAUCAAAAGUGGGGAGUUGUUGAUAAAAGAGUGCGGAUGACUUGCAGUGACCACCGUUGCAAAAAGCACUUUUGGACGAAUUGGAAAGAUUUGUCCGGUAUAACUGUCUGCAUCGCAUUAUCUUUAUUGUCUCUUGGAUUUUGCGUUCUCGUUUACCUGAGUACAUCGGAGCUGAAGUCCAGGAUACUAAACCUGGAAAAACAGAGAGAUACGCAGCUCUCCUCGUGGAUCACACUCGAGCAGGUGGAACCCGUUGUUUUUGGACGAAUAGAUCAGAUUCUGGAAGAGAAAUUGGCGGCUCGACUUCCCAAAACACGAGAGACCAGAGAAGCGCCCCAUAGCUGUGUCUGUCCACCAGGGCCUCCUGGGUCGAGGGGAAAGAGAGGUCACAAUGGGGAUCCAGGACCUCCUGGUCCGCCCGGACGAUCAGGCUUUCCGGGUGACAAAGGAACAAUGGGAAUUCCUGGAAGAAUGGGGAUAAAAGGAUACGCAGGGGAGAAGGGAGCGCCAGGGGAGCCAGGCCUGUCUAUCAUUGGGCCACGAGGACCUCCUGGACAGCCAGGAACAAGAGGCUUCCCAGGCUUUCCGGGUCCGAUUGGGUUGGACGGAAAGCCCGGACAGAACGGCUUGAAAGGAGACUUGGGUCAACGUGGUCUUAAAGGAGUCGCGGGUGAACCUGGUCUGAAAGGGGAAAAGGGCAUAUGUGGAGACUACACUCACAGGCAGAUCUUGCCCAUCCCCAUGCGAAACAUGCCCCCAAUAAACCCUGUAAUCCUAAAGCGCCUCAAGCAGGGCGAGCCUGGAGCUCAGGGCCCACCAGGACCUCCCGGCCCCCCAGGGCCCUCAGGGACCUCUGGACUGAAUGGUGCUAGUGGACCGCCGGGUAAACCUGGUGAACCAGGAAAACCUGGGAAAGAUCUAAGGCUCCUACCAGGGAUGAAGGGUGAGCCAGGCAUGGCAGGAAUAAAGGGCGAUGUUGGCCCCGCUGGUCCUGAAGGCCCCAAGGGACUGAAGGGAGAGCUUGGACUGAAGGGGGACUUUGGUAUGCCGGGAAUGCCAGGGAAACAAGGAUUGAAGGGAGAGCCAGGUUUUCCAGGCACUCCUGGAAGAAAGGGUCAAGCUGGUAUCCCUGGUACACCUGGUUUUCCUGGAAAGAGGGGCUACAGGGGUGACAAGGGCGAACCCAGCGCAGCAGGAACUGGCAUCAAAGGAGAACCAGGGACACCAGGACUCCCAGGCCUAUCAGGAUCCAAGGGUGACAAAGGCGACCAAGGUCUCAAGGGGGAAGCAGGAUCUGAUGGCCCAGCUGGACCAAGAGGUCCUCCGGGUGCGGCAGGAGAGCCAGGGAAAUCAGAAAUCAUCAACAAUGAAAAUGAUAUUCGGAAUGUACCUUUGAUGGGCCCACCUGGCCCUCCAGGGGCCCCCGGAACACCAGGAACAAAGGGUGAAGUUGGCCUUCCAGGCCCAUCAGGUCUUGACGGAGAGAAGGGACCUCGGGGGAAGCCUGGAGAGCCAGGUCCUGUUGGCCCAGCGGGCCCUGAAGGUCCCAUAGGGGAGAGGGGCCUGAUGGGUUUCUCAGGACCCAAAGGAGACAAGGGGGACAUGGGUCCCUUUGGAUCACCUGGUUUAGACGGCCCUACUGGUGAAAAGGGGGUUUCUGGACCCCCUGGCCCCAUUGGAUUACCAGGCACAAUGGGUCAGAAGGGCGAGUCCGGAGAUAAGGGAGGAAGGUCAGACAUGGUCUACGGACCCCCAGGGCCACCAGGUCCCCAAGGGCCAGUUGGCCCCGCGGGACCUGAAGGACUGGGAGGACCAAAGGGGGAGCAAGGCAUAGGCAUACGGGGAGAGAAGGGAGCAUCUGGUUCGAAGGGCGAUAAAGGGGACAGGGGCCAUCUUGGACUUCCUGGAGCUCAUGGUUUAGACGGCAGGCCUGGUCGAGUGGGUUUAAUAGGACCAGUUGGUGUGGCAGGGCCUGCAGGACCAAAGGGGGAGAGAGGUUUCAUGGGAGAUUCAGGAGUCCCAGGACCAAUUGGUCCUCAAGGCAUCCCUGGUUUUGUAGGACCACAAGGAUUCAAAGGGAACCGGGGAGAGAGGGGCAAGAAAGGCAACAGGGGAACUAAAGGGGAUAAGGGAGACCAAGGAGCACCCGGAUUAGAUGCCCCCUGUCCGUUGGGGGAUGACGGCCUACCAGUAUCAGGGUGUUGGAAUAAAGGUCAAAAUCCUUUCCAACUGGCCAAGUAGUAGAGGUUCAAGAGAUCUGCUCAGUGACAUUUCGCUCAAAGCUACAGAAUGGCAACUUGAAGACAUUUGGAGAUAUCUUUGAUUUUUGACCCGACCUGUGGUUGCCAUUUUACUCAAAGAUUUUCCAGCCGACUGAAGACAGAGCCAGUAAUGUUGGGGGGCUCCAGUGGCAGCAAUGAGCAGACUGACUUCAAUAAGACUCAGAAACAAAAAGGAUUUCAGUUUCCUUUGCAGUUUUUUGUUGAAGGAUUCUCAGGCUAGAAAAGCCGUCAAAGCCACAGAGAGACACAGAUGCAUUUCUUUGAGAUGAAUAGGCUUGAUUUUCCAUCGGUCUUUAUUCACUAUGUGAAAGUAAGACAUGAACCUUGUAUAGUGUACACUUCCCUGUGUUUUAUUUGACACCAACAACUGUGAUUCAAGAAUUCAGAGCAGCUCACAGAACAUACUGAAAUAUUCUCUCCCUGUUCAUGUGUUUCCAAGACUAACCAAAAAAAAAACAAAUGGAAACACUUUCGAUGAUUCCUGAUAUCAAACUCACUGCCUUCUCUACUAUCCUGGGUGCUGCAGGCGUUUAACAAACUGUUUAUGUAGCUAUGUUGCCUGACCUGUGCCCAAGGAAGAACGAUGGUAUACAUUAUAUACGUAUACUAAAGACAUAGUAUAUUACAUUUAUUCACAUUCUUGUACUGAGGUGUAAUACUCAUCAUAUCAAUGCUGAAAGAGUAAGUAUUAUACAGUAGGAGAGGGUUCACACACUGUAUAAAGUGCUCACUCCAUGUUGUUAUAUAUAUAUAUAUAUAUAUAUAUAUAUAUAUAUAUAUAUAUAUAUAUAUAUAUAUAUAUAUUACAUUGGUGUGACAUGGGAGCCUCAAAAAAACGGCAUCGAUAUAUAUAUAUUUUUAGCAGUCAUACUGUCCGCUUUCAAUGAGUAUUCUAGAAUAACUUGAUUCAUAUUCCUGAGAAAUGCCAUACUAAAUGCAAGACGUCAUGCACCAUUUCGGGCAGUUAAUUUCAACUGGAAUAAUUUUAACACGUGCAUCCUGUCUGUAUGAAUCAGUUGGGCUUCACGGUUACUGUUUGUUGCCCUUAAAUAUCGAUUUGAACUAUAAGAAAGCUUAUUUCUAUUGUAGGCUAAUCUUUAUGUAAGAUUCUAACCUUGAACAGCUCCUCCAAACAAUUUUCUUCUUGAAUACUGAUGGAAGAAAGAGCCCCUGAUUUUUGUUGUCGUGGCUGGAUGCACAAGACCAGUUUUGGAGUUAUUGGACAGUUGACAACAGACGCUGAGAUUAUUUUGAAUCGAAUGAGUUGCUUAUUGAGGUAGCCUAUGACGUUUUCAUCGGAGUUGAUCGACAAUUUAAUGACGUUCUUGGGUGAAAACAACGUCUGAACUCUGAACUGCCGUUAUGUCCAUCUUGUCAACGACUGUGAUAUCUUGUGCCUUGUGUGCUUCCCUGUUUCCUAAAAUAAUCUAAUGCACAGAAGCAUUCCUUAUGUCAUAUUGACAGCUGCCUUCUACCCUUUCGCACAACUCAAUCCAAAUGCGCGUAAAAUAAUUAUUUGAAUAUUCAAAGUGGUGAAUACAGAACCGUGCUUAGCUAGAGUCCAUAUUCAUAUCCAAAUUGUGUAUUGCGAACAAGGGGCAGUUAUUGUGGUUGUUCUUUCGAGUUCAUGAAAGCCACAUCAAGUCUGACAACUAGGCUUACUCUGCACUUGUUGUUCAUACUUUACACGCAGUUGAUUCUGAAAGUAUUUAAAUUCACAUGAACUGCUCCUAUAAAACCUCUGUGGAACAUGGUCCUUAUAAGAGUGGAUCAAGUCAAGUGCUGUUACUGUAUUAAAGUAACUACUGUAAAUGUCACUUAAAGUAAAGUGUUGUCACUGUAUUAAAGUAACUACUGUAAAUGUCACUUAAAGCAAAGUGUUGUCCACAAUUGUUGUGUUUAACAAUUGAUGAAUGUUUCCAUUUAUUUUGAAUGCUCUAAACAAGAAGUUGUCCUCCCAAAGAUUAAAAUUCGUAUUUAUUUAGAGGUGCCCGUUUGUGCAAUGAUACAUAAUACAUGUGUAAUUUGGGCGAAUUUGAUGCUUUUCAUUUGAUUAAUAGAUGAUUUAGUUCACCUCAAAUAUUUUUAACAAGAGAGUCCAUCGUCCCCAAUACAGCCCACAGUCCUUAAUUAAUUAACCAGAGUAAUCCUAUGAAGAUUGAAUAUAAAUAUACUAAGAAUCAUUCAUUAUUUUGUAGCAAUUCAUUCAAAACAGCAGUCACCUUAGUGCAUUGACUGUAGGGUCAUCUUUGAAAGUUUGUGUGCAUUUCAUUUCAGCUUUUUCUCACGUAUAUUUUGCACAAUGAUGGCAGUACUCUUUAGUUUUACCAGAUAUUUUCUGGACAUUAUUAUUACAUGUAUCAUUUGUAUUAUGUUUCUUUUGUAUACAUUUCCCAAUUGGUACAACUUUACUGUGUCUUGAUCUUACAUUGUGUUAAAAUAUUAAGUGUACUCGUCAUGUAAUAUGCAUAUAACUAUUUAACACAUUAUAUAUGAGAACAAGUGAUUCAUGAACAACACCCAUUAACUGACGAUAGGUCAUGCGUAAUCAUUUCUGGAACUGAGCACAAAAUUGGUCCUUCGUAAGUAUUUUUGUUGCCUACUGCAAAAACUCAAAUGAAGUCCUCGAUUCAUUAUUCGUUUUUGUUAAUGUCACUUUGCAAUUCAUUCACUCUCACUUUUUUACAUGACGAGUACACGGAUUUGUUUUAGGACUCGUGUUGUAUCAACUGUAAAGUUAUGUGGUUCAUCACUGGUUGACAUUACCGAUAUGUUUAUGCCAGUCUAUGCUCAAUGCAUUCUGUUUUGUAUAAAGUGGAUGUAUCUCUUCUUGAUGCCGUCACCAUUCUGAGCUUUUAAAUACAUUUAGGAGAUUCAGGUUUAGAAACCAUUUUAGAUAGUAUUGUAUAGCACUGCAUAAUAGUUAAUCUGCUGUUGACAUACAUGUUGUUUUCUCUUAACUAUCUAUACUGUAUGUGUGCUAGGCAGAAAUGAAGAUGUAUAAUAUUUUGUGUGACAAUCUAUCAGUUUCAGUAGCUAACUGAGAACUGAUUUGAGGGCAUUUAUUUCAAUGCAUUUGAUGUAAAAACCAUCUGCAUGCUGAUAUUAUUGUUUAUAAGCACUAUUUUACCAUUUAAUAGCAACAGCGAAAUAACUACACACCAUAUAUGGGCAUAUAUUUGAUAUGCCAAUUCUGCACAAGACGAGGAAUUCUGUCAGUUAAGUGACCUUUUAUAACUUCCUCUGGUGUUACAGACUCUUGAAAAUGAAUACAAUUUGCAAUGUUAACAUUAAGUUGAGGUUUGGAAAGGUUGUUUCUUGAGAUUCAAUGUGAGUCAUCCGUAAACCUUUGAAUUAAAUCAAUCUAAUCCAGAGUUCAGUAUGUUUUAAUGGCUUCGUUGAGUGUGAGGUAAAGGUGUUUUAACAGUUGUUGUUUUUUUCAGAGAAGGUUUUUACUUUUUACAGAUCUUACAUUUCAGAGUACGUCACUGGUUGCCAAUUGUUAUUUCACUGUUCAAUACAUGUCACAUUUUGAGAACAUUGUCAAUAAUUCAAAAAAUAAAGAAUUGAGUUAUCGUUUUUAAAUUGUUGUUGCUGGAGGCCUGUUCAAUUCAACUUUGUGGAAAUAAGGUAUAAUAAUAAAUAAUAAUACGCCUG